GUCGAAAUCGACUCGAGAAAUAAACGAUAAAUAUCACAAGGGGAUCGGAGGUGGCCCCGACUUUUGAACGACCGCAAAACGAGAUUGAAAUUUAACCCGAAUUCGCGUCAAAAUUUUCAAAAACUCAUCUCGGCUCAAAAAACUAUUUGAAUAAUUCGUUUUUUUUUUUCUCGUAACAUAGUAUGUCAAAAAUUUACAUCGCUGAAUUUUUCGUCGAUAAACUUCAUCUGGCGGAUCAGAUCAUCAGGGACGCGGGAGAUAAUUUGGAAUUUCUGAUCAGAGCGGACGUCGCCGAUUUUCCAACCCUUGAAAUCAAAAGGCAGAAUCUCACCUCCGCUAAAUCGGAUCGUCCGAAAAAUUCAUCCCGCUCAGAGUUCAAGGCUGGACAGGCGGUCCACUUCACUCUAACGCCGGAAAAAUUCGUCGAAAAACUACAGAAGCACAUCAUCCUCUCGAUAAAAAUAUUCCGUCGCGGCGAUUCCAUUCCCGUUUGUCUCGCGGAACUUCCGUUGUCCGGAUGUCUGUGCGACAAGGCUCAGCUGAAACCUUUCGUCUUCGGCGGUGCGAUCGGUCUGGUCGAUGUCGGCGGUAAUCCGUCGGGUGAAAUAAGCGUAACUUUACGAAUAACUUGUUACGGAAGAUUCGUACUCACGAGUUACCUUCUGGACGAGGCGUGUUUCCUCUUCAAAAACGACCCCGACGGUGCGGAGUUCAGGGUGUCGAACCUGUCGGCUGAUUCGCCGCCAAACGAGGAGCCACGGGUCGCCGGAAGAUGCGAUCUCGAAAAAGAUGACGCCAAUAAAGUGUCGCCGGAAAUGAAAGACGUGCUCACGGGUCUACCUUGGGAAGAUUUCAUGCGUGAUAUCGGCGGAAUUUCCCCAGGGGCGGUAAAACUUUCAGCCGGAAAACCGCCCCCCAAGCAACGUCGGGCACCUCCGAGUCCGGCGGCGGUUGCGGAUCACGCGGUGGCGCCAUCGGAGACGUUGAAAAAGAAGAAAAUGAGCAAAGCGAAGAUGAAGAAAAAAAAGAAAAAAUAGUCAAGAGACGAGAUCCGCGCACGGUUUAACCCGAGUUAAUGAUGGCGGAAAUAAUAAUAAGAAAAAAAGAAAAAAAAAAAAGAAAAACAGAAAGAAAAGAAAAACUGAAAUAAAACGAAAUAAGACGAAAAAAUAAAGAAUUUAUACUCGAUACUCAUCAUCGAUCGCGAGUCUCCUUUUACUCGCACUCCGGAGUUUCAGUUGAUCUUUUUAAUUUCCUAUCUCUCUCUCUCUCUCCCUAUCCCCGUCGCCGUAACCA